AUGAGGAGCAACAGUUUGCUGCUGAGGAGAUCUCUUAAAUUGAAGGUCAUACCUGAAAAAGUAUGGGGUUGUGGGUCUUUCUUAAGAGUAUUGGUUUUAUUUGAUUUGAAGGGGAUUGAUAAGCUCAGUUCUUGGUGCAGGUUGAUCUCAAAUCUCUUGGUAGACUUGCCUGACACAGUUGGGAGUUUACGGAAUCUUGAGGCUCUGCAUCUGAGUAAUAAUGGCCUCAAAUCCCUUCUUUCGAUGUUAUUCGAACUGUGCACCCAGCUCUCGACUCUUGAUCUUCAUAAUACAGAAAUCACAAUUGAUAUUCUCAAUCAGUUUGAAGGGUGGGAAAGUUUUGAUGAGCGUCAUAGAUUAAAGCAUCAGAAGCAACUGGAUUUUAGAGUUGGAAGUUCUGGUGAAGUACUGCGUAGGUGCUUCUUUCUUGGUAGAGAAAUCCUGUAA